UUAAUAACCUGACUAACCAUGUUAGUAUAUUUGUGUUAUAUAACUUGUUUGCAUAAUAAUAGAGGAAAAGGGCCAAUGGGUCGGAUCUGAGCCGGGCAGAUAUGUUUAUCUUGACUCAUACAUGCAAAGAUGGAAAGCCUGUGGAUGAGGCCUCAUCAGUAGUAAUGACAAAACUCAAUGAAGAAAUAUCUCAGCAACCCGGGGCCUUACAGAGUAGCACGGCAAGGGAUGAUCUAUUAUCUCAAGUUAUGGGAGAAGACAAGUAUGGUCGUGUCCGCACUUAUGGGUUAGGACCAUCUCCAUCUGAUUUGUGGGGUGCAACAUCCAGCCAACAAAGGAUGACUUCCAUUGAUCAGAGGAGAGAUAAAAGAUAUGAGGAACUACAUGCUGAUAUAGUCUCUCUUAAAGAAAAUAUAGCUGCACUCUCAUCCUUAAGAGAAGCUGAAAUGUCAUCCCUUAAAGAAACUAUGGUUGAAAUCUCAUCCGCAAGAAAUGCUGAAAUUUCUUCCUUGAAAGAAACUCUGAUGAAAUUGAUAGCCACUAUGAAUAAUGCAAACAAUAACCCACCCACAGUAUUCGGUGCUGCAGCUAGUUCUAACAUGAACCAACAGUCCUCAUCAUCAAGCCAUUGGGUGAACUCUCAGAAACACUCGACGAAUAAGAGGAAGACCACGAGUUGCACUAGCACUGGGGAUAUGACUAGAGUUCUUCUUACAAGUAUUGUCAAACCCGGGGUUACUAUUGCUAAAGGAAUUGUUUUGAGCAAGGAUCCGCUCAUAAAAGUAGGGGGGCAUGAACUUGGAAUUGGUUUUUGGGAAGUAUUAAUUCAUGUUGCAAUAGUACCGGAGGAGGUUUUGAUAAGACCCUAUGGACGAUAUAAAACAAUUGGGGAUGCUAUUGGAACGAGUAUUGUUUGGCCCUCUAUUAUGUGUAAGGUUUAAGGAGAGAUGGAUUGAGCUAAAUGAAAGGAUCUCUCUCUCUCUCUCUCUCUCUCUCUCUCUCUCUCUUGUAAAUGUUUUAUGUUUUGUGCAUGGAUUUAGGACUGAUGUGUGAUUGGUUUUGGAUUGAAAGUGUUUAACUCUCAUUUUGGAAUUUGGAUUGACUUAAGAUCCAAUGCAUAUGACAGGUUAGGCAACUAAAUCAA